GGAGAUAUUUUGCGACAAAUUUAUUUCGAACAACGAACAGAACAGGACAGGGCAGGACAGAGAAGAUGUCAUCGAAGGAUAACAAUAUAGCGACGCAAUUGUUAUCGCGAGCGCAUUCACCUGACACUUCAAGUCGGAUCUUCACUGAAAAAGUCAAACAACGACCAUUGCAUCUAAAGCCCACAGAACCAAAUAAUGAACAACAACGUCGUCGUCUUGAAAGGCAGCGAAAGCUGGCUCUACGAAAGAAGAAAUUGAAGCCCGCCCCUCUAUCUGCUCGAGAGAAACGCGCUUUAUGUCUAUACGAUGUACCUAAAUCCGCCCAAAAAUACAGCAUUUACGAACCUUUGAAUAAAAUGUGGUUAGGAUAUAUCUCGGAAGUGCUAGGAGGAGAGAAUUGCAUGCCAGUCACUGGAUCUGCGGCUGCCAAAUUAUGCAGUGCGGAUUAUCAUGGUGCGGAACUCGAGGUUGUGAGAAGCAGAUGUGUGAGUAGAGUUGGUGUGAAGGGGAUUGUGAUCAAAGAUUCGAAGGGAGUUUUCGAGGUUAUCACGAAGAACAAUGAUUGGAAGGUUCUGCCAAAGGAAAAUACCAUUUUCAAAUUUACGGUACCAAUCCAGGCGAUCAAGAAAGAUAUCGAGUCAGAGAAUGAUGGAAAUUCUGUCACAGAACUGGUCUUUGAGUUGCAUGGUGAACAAUUUAUGCAUCGAGCAGCAGAUCGUGCAAAUAAGAAAUUCAAACCACAUUUCUUACCUCAUGUGUGAAAGGUUGAAUUGGCAAAUCUUUUACUCCGGAUUCUCUCGAUGAAGCAAUUUCAAGCUACCCUUCUUCGCAUGCGAUGGCUCGCCAGGCCCAAUACAACAGUCUCAUACAAUUCCACAAAAGUUCAGAGAGCA